UAGUCAGAUAAAAUUCUUGUAGAGCUGUAACUAAUCUGUAAAAUAUUAUAACAUUUCUUCAUUUAAUUGUUCAUCGUUUGCUUCCAACAAGCAUAACAUCAUUAUAGGAAAUAAACGGUUCCAUCAUUUGAUUCUUCAUAUAAAUUAAUUUGUUGUUGAAUCGAGUCUUCCUGGUUGCCGGUUUUGUAAAAAACUUAGAUUGCUCUUAGAACCCUGACUUUUUGAACAGUUUUUUUUUAUAAUUUUUCAAUAAGUAAUGGAAACAAUUACUUCUGAAGAAAGUUAUUUGGUGUCUCAGGCACAAAAGCUCCGGAGCACUGAUGGUGCAUCAGCCAAGGCCUGGUUGAUAACAGCAAAAACAUUGUAUCCCACCAGCUUUGAAAUAUUGUUUGAAGCAUAUAAACUAGAGAAAGAAUCGAAAAACUUUGAAGAGGCUGCGAAAUGCUUUAGCAAUAUAGCGUUAAACUUUCAAAACCAAAAUGCGGAAUUGUGGAAUGAAGUAAAUGAGCUGACCAAUGCUCUGCGAGCUCCAGAAAAUGAAAUUACUCCGGCACAAGAAUUCUACGUGAAAAUGUUCCAGCAUGUAUCAUAUGACGUGCAGCAUAAAAUAUUAUUGCUUACAGUUAAUAAUGCCGAAAACAGUAUCCAUCAAUGCAAAUUAUUGCUACUCAUAUUGAAACGUUUCCCACAAGCUGCCAUCACACACUCGCCAAGAUUACUAGAAAUGAUAGCGGACGGCAUGAAACAAAAUCCUCAAAAAUACCAAGAAAUGCUUGUAGAAGAGGCAUUACCACUGAUUUACCACAAAACACCAGAGCUGCCUCCUGUACUCGUUUGCAGAUUAUUCACAAUUUCAUUGGAAUAUUAUAUACGUCAGAUAAUUGAUGAUGAGAAUAAGUGUGAUAACACUGAAAUAUGGAAAAAGAUAUUUCAAGUUUUGAUGUUGUGUGGUAAAAUUUUACGUUGGGAAACAUUUUUACCGUUCAAUAAAACUUGGGGCCAAAAUGUUUAUUGGGAUAAGCUUAUAGAAAUUGUGUCAAUUAGUCCAGCUGGCAGUACCCAAGUGCUUUUUUAUGCUACAACUUUAUUUAUUUAUUCACUACAUUGUUAUAUCAAGAAUUGUUAUACACAAUCAGAAGAUGCUGGAAUUAAUCAUGUUUUGGUGGAAGGUUUCACAGUUGACUGGAAAAUGGAAGCACCAGAUGUACAAAGUAUGGAGCCUCCACAGAUCUCACUAACCACACCAACAAGCAAAGAUAUUUCCAAAGCAUUUGUUCACGCCGCACAAUGUUGGCAACUUUUAAAUACGGAGCAAUUUCAACGUGAUUUCAGCAAAUUACUACUCACCUUACCUUUGGCUGCAUGGAUAUCGCGAUUUCUCUUUGAUUUGGCGAUAUACUUCGGCCACCAGGAAGAGGCAAAGAAAUUAAUGUCUGAGAUGAUAGUAACUAGUAGCUUGGUACAGAAUUUGCAAAUAUUAAGCUUAAACCUAUUACAAGGAAAUUUGACGCUACAGGGAUUCGAAUGCAUAGUCAAAAUUAUUGACGAAUUGCCAGCAACCCAAGGACAUAAUUUGGAACAUUUAACUUUAAAGGUGCCCCGCCAUAUGAUAUUUAUACCAUUGACACAGAAAGCAUUAAUACAGUACUGUACGAAAGCCAUCAUUAAUACCCUAAGUCGAAAGCUUUACGAACCUAACUGUCCUGAUCAAAUACUGGGUGACUUAUUGGUAUUACUACAACUUGAAUAUCCGCGUGAGACGCUAAUGGCUGAGCAAAUCUUUACGCUGAUAACAUCGCGAAGAGCAUUCGCUUAUCGCUUAUUUACUACCUACAUAAUAACAAUCGAUUUUAUCGAAGAAUUCUUGCAUAUUUGGCAUGCACAUAAUGAAGACUUUGCGUUUGAUUUGUCGCCUGCGCAAACCGGCUCAAGUGUUUGUCGCGUUGGUACCCGUGGUGCUGACAAAGGAGCCCGUGAAGAUUUCCGAAUUAUCAUAAAGCAGCAGAUUUUAAGAGCAAAUGAGGUACUUACAACAUUAAUGGCCAAUUUUAUUCAACAGGAACAUAUGCAGUUAGCGCGAAACAUGUUCGGUGUUGCAGUCACUGAUGACGUAGGAUUCCAAUAAUUUGCAUACAAAUGUGUAUUUUUUGCUUAAUGCUUAUUUGUGCAUAAAUAAAUAAGUACAAGUUGAAAAUAA